AUGUCGUCCCACGCCCUGGCGCUCGGCUCGGCGCGCGUCGGCGUCGGGAUGCGCGCGCGUGGGCGUCGACCGGGACGCGAUGGUGGGGAAACCCCCACCCGGCGUGGGCCGUGGCGUUUAAACGCGCACGCGAAGGAUUCGAAAUCGCGCCCGUCGAGCACGAGCGGGGUGUUCAAGGACAUGGCGAACUCGCGAUUCGCCGCCGUGGAUGACAUGGACGCGCACGCGCACGAGAGCGAGACGGCGGAACCGGUGAUGCGACGACGGUUGAAGGUGUUUUCGGGCACGGCGCACGCGACGCUGAGCGAGGAAGUGGCGAAUUAUUUAGGCAUAGAGCUGGGGAAGUCCACGAUCAAGCGGUUCGCCGAUGGAGAGAUUUACGUGCAGAUUAAGGAAUCGAUCCGAGGGAGCGAUGUGUUCAUCGUGCAACCGACGUGCCCGCCGACGAACGAUAGCUUGAUGGAGCUGCUGGUGAUGAUCGACGCGUGCCGAAGGGCGUCGUGUCGGUCCAUCACGACGGUGAUUCCGUAUUUUGGAUACGCUCGAGCCGAUCGUCGGACGCAAGGGCGAGAGUCGAUCGCGGCCAAGCUCGUGGCGAACUUGCUCACCGAGGCUGGGGCGACUCGGGUGGUGUUGAUGGACAUUCACUCGCUUCAAACCAUUGGCUAUUACGACAUUCCCGUCGAUCACAUUCAGGGCGAGGCUGUGCUCUUGGAUUACCUCACGUCCAAGAGUUUCAACCCGGAUGAAAUCGUGAUCGUUUCUCCCGACGUCGGCGGUGUUCCCCGAGCGCGUGCCUUCGCGAAGAAGCUCAACGAUUCGCCUCUGGCCAUCAUCGACAAGCGCCGCACGGGACACAACAAGGCGCAGGUGAUGAACCUCAUCGGUGACGUCGACGGCAAGGUCGCCAUUCUUGUCGACGACAUGAUCGACACGGGCGGUACUCUGCUCGCCGGCGCGCAGCUCUUGCGCGAACGAGGGGCGACGGAGGUGUACGCGUGCGCCACCCACGCCGUCUUCUCCCCGCCGGCUGUCGAGCGUCUGUCCAACGCCGCUUUCACCGAGGUCAUCGUCACUAACUCCAUUCCGCACACCCCCGAGCGCGAUUUCCCGCAGCUCACGGUGCUGAGCGUCGGCAACUUGUUGGGAGAGACCAUUUGGAGAGUGCACAACGACUACGGUUUGCCCAGCGCGGCUACUUCGGUUAGCGGUAAGUAA